AUCCCAGAGAAAUACGUCAAAAAUGUUUGUGAUAAAUUUAGAAAUUAUUUAGUUCGAUUCGGUUGCUGACCGCACAGAACAUGUCCCAGAUAAACAAUAUAUUCAUUAAGCUGCGAGCCCGCCUGCGGGAGCGCGAUAUCAAGUUGUGGGAGGAGCCGUACUACUUCGAGGAGGUGGGCAGCAUCGAGGCGGAGAUGGAGCGCCUGGCCAGGGACAUCAGUGGUGACCUGGGCAUCAGCGUUUCGGACUGCAGGAUUGCUCUAGCCGAAUUGCAAGAUGGUGCCUUGCGAAAGCUGGCUGCCCGUAAGGAGUUCAAUGACACCGGCUUGGCCACGUUUAAUGUGCGAUGUGUGGACCGCAAAGGUGGCACCUCGCAGAUGCUGGAGAUCAAGUGUUCGCUGGGCGGACUGGGCUCGGAUCUGCAGGCGGAGGUGGCCAAGAAGCUGGACCUGGGUGAUCCCAGUCAUGUAAGGUGCAUCUCCGGCGGACGCAUCAUCAACGGGCAGAAGACAUUGGCCGCGCAGGGACUGAAAACCAAUCAGCAGCUCAUGGUGGUUGUGGGCGGAGCGAAUGAUGGGCACUUGCACGAACGUAUCCAACGGAUACGUGCGGACUUGGAGAUAGUUGCGGAUGCAGAUAAUCGCUUUAUGGAAAUGGAGGACCAGGAUGGACGACCGAUUUUCCUGCCGCCCGAGGAGAAUCGAUCGCUAUUGAUGGCCAUGAGCAUGUACGAGGUGGCCAAAGUGGCCGUUCAUAAGGAGAAUUUCGAUGAGGCUCUACUGUUGCUGCUCGAGUGCGAUGAACUCUUCUCCCUAUGUAACUCAAAGCUCCUGGAAACAGUGGACAACUAUGCCCUAAUCAAUCUGGAUAUUGUGUGGUGCUAUCUGCGCCUCAAGAACAUCACCCAACUUACGGAUGCCCAGCGACGUUUGGAUAUCUGCGAGAGGGGAUUUUUCAGGAGCUACGGCGAGCAGUUCAUGCGAUUGUACGCGAUGAAGGGUCCCAGUUGCCCGGAAAGAGCUCUGAUCAUGAGGCUGCACCUGCUGCAAGGUGUACUCUUCUUUCACCAAAAUCGCCGGGAUGAGGCCUACGAAAAACUGGAGGAGGCGACCAAGGACUUCAACGAGCUGAAGGUGAAUGACACUGAGCUGACCACUCUCGUGGAAAUGGGCUAUGAGGAAUCGGAUGCCAGGUUGGCCCUGAGAUCCUGUGCCGGUCAAGUGGAUAGAGCCAUUCAAUUCAUCCAGGAGCGCAGGGAGAAAAUCCGUGAGGAACGCAAGAACUCGGCUGCCGAGAGGCAAGUUAACCAGGAGAUGAUGGACGCCAAUCCCGGAGAACAAUGGGUGAAUCCGCGCAGCGUUUGCAGGCUCAUGGAAAUGGGCUACGAAAGGCGUCUGGUUGUGGAAGCUCUAAAGAGGACUAAAAACAAUCUCGAUCGCAGUUUGGAUCUACUGCAACGCCAUUCGGAUGAACUUAGGGCCAAUCUGGCUCCAACUCCGCCCGUCGAUGAAUCGUUACUCACCACGCUGCAACAACUUGGAUUUUCGGAAACUUCCGCUCGCGAAGCAUUGGAAACUACGGGCAACAGUUUCCGCAAGUCCGUAAAAUAUCUUUUGAAAAGUUUCGCCAGCGAAGCGGAAUUACUUACAGUUAUUGAAACCAUGACAAAGAUUCUAGAGGUCCAAGGACCUUCGAGCUCAACUAGUGCCACUACAAAUAGCUCCACACCCCUCGUAAGCUUAUCCACCAGCAAGAUGAACAUGCUCAAGUCCGUUCUUAGCCAGGCCAAGACGGAGAUGGAGUCCUACAAUGCCUUCAAGAGAUUCAACGAGAACCUCGCAGAAAACAGCUUGCACUACUUGGACUUGCCUUUAGAGCAGGAGGAGCAAAUCCUGAUCGAGUAUAAGCGGCUGCUGGAGCGCUAAGAUAAGCUAAUCAGAAAAUGCAAAUAUUGGCCUUUAAAAAAAUAUUUGUUAGUCAGAAAU